AUGGCCGCUAACGAUGAUCUUGAUGAUUUCUUUAAAAAAAAAGAUCGAAAGGGUAAUAAACAUAAGAAACAAACACCUCUAUUAACAAAUAAUGAAGAAUUACUUAAACAAUUAGUUAUUGUUACAUCAGCAACAUCAGCAUUUAAAGAAAAUCCGGAUAACAUUGAUGACGAUGAUGAACAACAAAUAAAUGAAGAACCAUUUGUUGGUAGUGCAAGUAUUGUUGAAGAUACUCAUAAACAUUCGAAAACAAAAGUUGCUGAUACUAAUAAACAUUUAAAUGAACAACAAAUAAAUAUUGCUUCAAAAACCGAAGGACAACCACAAGAUGAAUGGGAAGAAUUUGAAGAUUCAAAAUCUAAAUAUGAACAAUUACGUUUAAAAAUUUCACGUGGAAAUAAUGAUAAUGACGAUGAUGAUGAUGAUUAUUAUGAUGAUGAAAAUAAUCCAAAUAAUAAUUAUACUAAUAAUGAUGCAUCUGUUGAUCGUGAACAACAAAAAGAUAAACCUGUUUGGAAACUUAAUCAAAUAAAAGAAGAACAACAACAACAACAACAACAACAAGAGCCAAAACAAGCCGAACCAAUUGUUCAAGAAAAAGUUGAAGAAGUAAAACCUGCAACAGCAUCAACUGGCGCUUAUCGUCCACCACAAAUGCGUAGUGGUGGAGCAUCUUCAUCUGUUACAGUUGUUAGUGGUAUCAAUCCAAAAGUAUCGAAAAAGAAAGAACCGAAUUUAGCUUCAACCGAUGAAUUUCCAACACUUGGAGCAACUGUUCAUAAAAAAUAA